AAGUGUUCUGGCUUUAGAGUCGAGGCUGCUGUAGACAACGCUCCGGCCAAGGUAAAACUUUCUUAAAAGUACUCCCGCGAAAAUGAUUUCCGACGACGCUGAUAAAGUAAAAGAAAGUGUAAAGGACUACUAUGGUAAAAGGCUUAAGACUUCUGAUGACCUCCAGACAAACGCCUGCAAGGUUGGAGACACUGCAAUGACUCCCGCCGUCAAGAGCGCUUUGAAGCUUAUACACGAUGAGGUAUCCAGCAAGUUUUAUGGGUGUGGUUUAGUGGCCCCAGAAGCCCUUGAGGGUAUGCACAUCCUGGACCUUGGGAGUGGAUCAGGACAGGACUGUUUUGUUCUUAGUAAACUUGUGGGUGAAAAUGGUCAUGUGACUGGAGUGGAUAUGACUAAAGAACAGGUGGAUAUUGCUAACAAGUAUGUCGAUUAUCAUGCCAAGCAAUUUGGAUAUUUCAAGCCCAAUACUGAGUUUAAACUUGGUGAAAUGGAACGACUGUCUGAUGUAGGCAUACAGGACAAUUCUGUGGACAUAAUAAUUUCAAACUGUGUUGUUAACUUGACUGCUGACAAAAAAGUUGUCCUUAAAGAAGCCUAUCGAGUUCUCAAGGAUGGAGGCGAGGUAUACUUCAGUGACGUUUACUCAGACACAAACCUAACUGAGGAAGCCAGAAAUGAUGAAGUGCUCUGGGGUGAGUGUGUUUCAGGAGCCUUACACUGGAAGGAACUGGUUGAGCUCUCUAAAGAAGUGGGAUUUUAUGGACCUUACUUGGUGACUGCCACACCAUUUGUAGUUGAACCAAAGCUAAGAAGACCCCUGGGUAAGGAUAACAAUAUAUUUCAUUUUGUUUGAACUAGCAUUUCAUUUCUCAAGGAGCUAUAACACAAGAGCAGGUGAUUGCAGUAUACAGAAGGAACCCAGGGUGGAACUCAGUGAAUAUCUGUGCAGGGAUGCAUGCUUUUUGAGCCCUUUCACUAUUUCAGACCCGGGUUUGGGAGAGGUCAAAAUCUUUGGGUAGGGGUGUUUCACUAGGACACUGAAGCCCUUACCCUAUACUAGACCAUGAUCAGCUUGAUUUUGCAACCCUAUUCUAGCCUAGACACUAAAAACCCUACCCUAUCCAAGACUACAUAUAGCUAUCUUCCAUUCAGGAACUCUACCACCAUCAUAGUCCAACAUCUGUUAACUAAACCAAUUCUUACAAAGUCACUUCUGAGUUUCAGUUUCUAUUAUAGGACUCUGGGUAAAGAACCCUGGUCUAGACAAAAUUAUUUAUGCACUUGUCACCUUUUCGGUACAUAAUACCCCAUUCUACACCAAAACUGUCUGAUUUCUAUACCCUGUCCCAGAAUAAACUGCCU